AAAUGUUAAAUAUUAUUGCUAAGGGCGCGUGCGUCGCAAGUGCGUAGUGCGAACAUCAGCGUUGUUGUCCGCAAGUUACCCUCGUGUAGCUCUCGUGACAUUGAAAAUGGGUUCUUUUUAUAAUUGCUGCCUGGAUCGUGGUGCUGGGCCUCGAGAGACAGAGUGUGCUAGCCGCCUGUCGCACUAAGUGAUACUGUCAACUCAGUCGUCCAGGAAAAUGACUGGUGGAUCGGACAGCAAUCUCUCUUCAGUGAGCGAGCAGCCAGUACCGGCUCCAAAGCUGGGCCCCCACGGUGUCCAGAUCGUGGACACGGGCCCCGACCACACGUUCGUUCUCAACGAGGAGGCGCUUGCCGCACUACUGCUGCAAGAUGACAUACGAGACCGCGCGGUCGUCGUGCUGUCUGUCGCUGGCGCUUUCCGCAAGGGGAAGUCCUUCAUACUUAACUGUUUCCUCCGGUAUAUGCAUCACAAGUACGGCCCCGGCGGGGGUGGGGACUGGUUGGGCGCGGAUGACGAGCCGCUGGAGGGGUUCAGCUGGCGCGGCGGCUCAGAGCGCGACACCACUGGCAUCCUCAUGUGGUCAGAGGUCUUUAAGACGACGUUACCCACUGGAGAGAAGGUGGCGGUGAUCCUGUUGGACACGCAGGGCGCGUUCGACAGUGAGUCGACAGUACGCGACUGUGCGACCGUGUUCGCGCUCUCCACCAUGCUCUCCUCCGUGCAGAUAUACAACCUCUCGCAGAACAUACAGGAAGACGAUCUGCAGCAUCUACAGCUGUUCACAGAGUACGGUCGCCUGGCGCUGGAGGACAGCGGCCGCACGCCAUUCCAGCGGCUGCAGUUCCUCGUGCGCGACUGGAGUUUCCCUUACGAGGCGCCUUAUGGUGCCGAGGGUGGGCAGGCCAUACUGCAGCGCAGGCUCAGGGUAUCAGAUAAGCAGCAUCCAGAGCUGCAGUCCUUAAGAAAGCACAUCACCUCCUGCUUCUCCGAGAUCGCCUGCUUCCUGAUGCCGCAUCCUGGACUGAAGGUUGCCACGGACCCCAACUUUAAUGGCAGGCUGGCCGACAUUGAGGCGGAGUUCAAGCGCGCGCUGCAGCAGCUGGUGCCGAUGCUGCUGGCGCCGGACAACCUGGUGCCGAAGCUGAUCAACGGGCAGCAGGUGAAGGCCAAGGACCUGCCGCAGUACUUCCGCUCCUACAUGAACAUAUACAAGGGCAACGACCUGCCGGAACCUAAGAGCAUGCUUGUGGCAACAGCAGAAGCAAACAAUUUAACAGCGGUGGCUGAAGCUAAGGAGGUGUACACGACGCUGAUGGAGGAGGUGUGCGGCGGGGCGAAGCCCUACCUGCAGACGCAGCUGCUGGAGGCGGAGCACGGGCGCGCGCGAGACAAGGCGCUGCACGCAUUCCACGCAAAACGCAAGAUGGGCGGCGACGAGUUCAGCCACGCCUACUGCGAACAACUUGUACAGGAUCUAGAGGAGCAGUUCGUCCAGUUCCGAGGCCACAAUGAGAGCAAGAACAUCUUCAAGGCGGCGCGCACGCCCUCCGUGUUCUUCGCGAUCGCGAUGUUCUUCUACGUGCUGAGCGGCGUGUUCGGUCUGCUCGGCGUGUACGCGUUCGCGAACCUCUGCAACCUCGCCAUGGGCGUGGCGCUGCUCACCCUCGUCAUGUGGGCCUACAUCAGAUACAGCGGGGAGAUGCGGGAGUUUGGUGUCACUAUCGAUGAAACAGCAAACUGGCUAUGGGACAAUAUAAUGAAGCCAGCUUACCAGACGUGUUUAGAGAAGGGUAUGGAGCACGCGGCGGCCGCAGCGGCGGAGCGCACCCUCGGCCCCUCCCCCGCCGCCGCCCCCACGCGCUCCACGCCCAGCGCCAACGGCAAGCACAAGCACUUGUGAUGCCGGCCGCCGCGCCCCGCGCACACGCGCCCUGGCCCAACUGACACUGACAGCCCAUUGCCACGCCCUGGCACACGAGCUGGCAAUGUCACACUAAUGCCGGGAUGUGGCGAACAAACUUACAAUAUCAACCAACGGUCUUACUGUGACAAACUAACUACUAAUGUCAGUCAACGGUCAAACUCAGGCAAACAAGCUGACGAUGACAGCCAACGGUCAAACUGUGGAAAUCAAGCUAGUAUAAGCCAACGGUCAUACUGUGGCAAACCAGCGUGUGUCAGUCAAUGGCCAGAUCUUAGCAAACAAACUGGCAAUGUUAGCCAAUCUACAGACUUUAGCAAGCAAGCUGACAAUGUCAGUCAACUGUCAGACUCUGCCAAGCGAGCUGACAAUAGUCAACGGUCAGACUGUAAUAUACAAGCUGCCAGUGUCAGCCAACGGCCACAUUCAAGCAAAAAAGCUACCAAUGCGAGUGUAUUUCGCCACUGGAGAUGGCAUAACACAGGACUAACAUAUUUUUAGACUAAAGGGAGAAUUUGUGAACCAAAUCUUGUUAUAUAGUUACUCUAUGGCCUCGAGAGCUCUAUGGUUUUGGUUGCAUGUGAAUGUAUGAAAAUUGUAUAAAAGUUUGCUCAUUAUGAUAGAAAAUUGUGAAAUUAUUGAAUUUUUAUACUAUCUGGAGGAUAUUAUUUUGAAACGUACUACUUGGAAAAACAUCAUAGAGAAAUUAACAAGAUUAAAUCAAUUGAAAAGCAGCACAUACAUUAUUAUGGGAAUUCUGGAUAUUUUAAAGAUGGAAAAAAAUCGAUAGAAAAAAACAUUAGCCAUUAGCUGCGAAAUGAUGAAUCUACCAAGAGUUAUAGACAUUUUAAUUAGAAUAAUUUAGGAGAAAAGCAAUAAAGAUGUUGUGAAAUGAUGCAUACAUUGAUUUUAGAAACUGUUGGAUAUCAUAAAAUAUUGUUUUAAAAAAUCAAUCAAUAGAAAUUUAGAUAUUUUAAAAAGCUGUAAAUACCUAGGCUAUAAAACUAUCGAUAUUAUCGAAUGUAAAGUUUGCUAUCUCCAGUAGUCGAUAUGUCUGGGAUUCCGGAAAGUGCUAAAUAAAAAUGCUCUCUCAUACCUCAGAUCAUAUCAUAUUGAAGGAAGAGCUUAUUUAGAAGAAAAUUCAGUGUUAAACUUAUGUGUAAAUUAAAAGUGAACAUAAUGUGAAUAUUGUGGAUAACAGUGAAAUGUGGAGAACUAUAGUAAAGAAUGGUAUGUACAGUCAGCUGCACAAACAUGUAUAGAUUUUUAUUACUUAAGAAACUUGAAUACACUGAUUUCAAUGUACAACUAUUUAUAAUAUCAAAACUCGUAAACACACACUUUAUUGUGUAGGAUGUUAACCAUCACGGCAUAUUUUUGAAUAAUCCGUUUUUAAAUAAAAACCCUACAAUUGCAUCACACUAAGUUUUCAUGUUAUUAAAUUUUGGGGAUAAAUAAAUUGGAAAAAACAAAUGUAAUCUAAGAAAGGAUGAAAAUGUAGAAGCCAAUAAAAGUAAAGAAUCAAGAUUGCCAUGGUAACAGUAAUUGUUAUCCAGCGGCAAAAACCUUCCUUGUCAUUUGAAUUUUUAAAUUUAAAGUUUUUCGUAAUUUAAACUAUAAAAUACGGUUGUAUAAUGUGGGGAUAAACAUGCAUGAGCAAAUUAACACAUACAUGCAUAUAAUUGAAACGGAAGGCAUGUUUCUGAAUAUUUUAAUGUAUACAUAUUUAUGACGCUGACUGUACCUAGUUAAUUACAGAGUAAAUAUAUUAAUAGAUAAAUUGUUUUGUUUUAAAUUCUAUAUGUGGGUAUCGGCUGUUGGUUGGGGGUUUACAUAUUGUACAGUGCUGUAGACAAGUAUUUACAAAUAGUUGUUAUAUAUUGUUCGAUUAAUCUGACCUGAGCUCUUUUGUUCUUGAAGCUUUAUAAAGGUACAUUGUCACUUUUGUUCUUGACUGUUGCUUUUUUCAGUUUAUUUGAUAAAUCUGGACGGAAAUAUUGUUAUAUUUUUUAUAGAUUGAUGGUUUUUGUAUUUUUAAUAAUGGCAACAAAUUGUCAUAGAUUAAAAAAUUCUGUCUCUUGUUUUAGCCUUUUUAGAUUAAUGGGACAAUAGAAACAUUUUACAUAGAUUAAAUCUCUGUAGAGUGGUUUUUGUAUAUUGUAAUUAAUGUUGAAUUAUAGACUAACCAAGAAUAUAAAAUAACUAGCCUGAAAGAAUCAAUUGUUAUGUCACUAAUGUGCGGUUAGUUUGUAGUUUUUUUAUUCCUGGUUUGACUAUAUUUUACACUGUUUAUGUUAAGUUGAAAUCAUUAUGUUAAUGUUCAGGCUGUUGCACAAAUACAACAUUUUAUUAACAAUAUCAAAAUUAUAAUCUAUUUUGGACACACUUGUUGCGUUGCACGUUUUUUAGUACUUAACAAUAAUAUGGAAUGAAUACUCGAUUGUCUCUUCAUGUACUUUGUAAAUAUAUAUUUUUCUAAUACCAAACCAUAUCCGAAACUUUUGUAGAAAUCUUUUUGAAAUUGAUGUGCCAAUUUAUUUGUAUGUGAUGAAGAAGAUGUUUUGUGUUUUUCUUUAUUUUUCGGUCGUCAUCAUGGGAUUAAAAAAAUA